GGUCAAGAUGCGUUUGCGGCUCCUCCGGGUAGAGUUCUCCCUACUCCGUGGUCAAGCGCCGGUAACACUGGCUCUGAGCUUGCUGCGAAAGGCGCAACGCCCGCUGCUCUCACGUGGAAGAGCGGAUCGCAGCAAACCCUGCCAUACGAUUGGCACCAUAUUCUGGGUCAAGUGCGUUACGCAGAAAGCCUCUCCCUGCAAGCCACCCUGGAGCCUCUGAAGCUCCACCGCCGCCUCGUCGGCGCACUACUUGUCAUGUCGUACGGCGAGCCCCUCAUGCUGCCGUACAGCUACAUUCCAAGCAAACAAUCGCAUCAGCUAGAAUGUGCAGCAACAGCAGCAUCGGUACCUGCGGUGCCAUUCAUCUCCUCGACCACAUGGGCUGGUGGCGGCGGUGGCGGGGAGCAAAUGGACGCACCGCCCGCCGCGGCCGGCAUCAGCAGCGGCUGCUUUCGGCUUCAGCGCUGGAUGGGCCUUCGGAAGGCGUCGACACGUCAUGGACGGAGAGCCAGCGGCUUUGUAACACCGGGUGUUGGCAGCGGCGGUGGAGGUGUCGGCAGCGGUUUCCCGUCGGCAGAGCGGGUGCAGGGGCUGGCGGCGGUGGUGGCGCAGGCGGCCAUGGGGCCGCACCUGUCGCCCAUAUUGCGG